UGUUUAAGAGUGAAGACGCAAAUGAAUAUCACUAAGAUAAAAAUACUUUUAACAUUUUUAUAUUUGUGUAGAAAAAACAAAAGGAAUAUUUUAUUCGUGAAUUCAUGAAUUAUACCUACCUACGUAUACAUAUAAAUAAAUUGUUACUUGGAUUUUAACUAAAUACAUCUUCGGUUUGCGAUACUUAACAAUCGAUACUAUCAAAACAUAACAAUUACUGUUGUUUUGACUAUAACGUGAAAAUUCAAAUAGUAACAGUAAAGGAUUUAAGUAGAAGCCAUACAUGUGUAUGGAAGAACCUAUUGUUAAGUUGUGAAUUGCAUUGAUAUGUUUUGGAAGUGAAGAUACGAAAUGUCAACUGACGAUGCGAUAGAAACUAUCAUUGGCCGUUUUGGGAGGUACCAAACGUGGAUUUGGAUUUUAAUAGCAAUCGGUCGAGCACCCACAGAUUACCAACUCAGUAACGUCGUGUUUCUUUUACCAAACGUUGAAUAUGUUUGUAUGGAUGAUAAUGCUCACAAUAAGACGAAUCAUUGUCCGUGUGAAAAUCCAAUAUAUGACCAAACAUAUAUUGAAAAUUCUGUGACGACCACGUGGAAUCUUAUAUGUGACAAGAGUCAUUAUGCAAGUUUAGCACAAUCAAUGUUACAAAUUGGAAUUCUAGGGGGCAGCUUGUUCUACGGUCAUUUAUCUGACAGAUAUGGUCGUCGACUUGCUUGUUUAGUGGCGCUUUUUUCUGAAGUUCUAUUUGUAGCAUUAUCGGCUAUAGCAUCGAAAUUGUGGAUGUUUAUAGCUCUGCGUUUUUUUAUCGGCACAGCAGUUGGAGGAACCAUGCUCUGUUGCUUCGUAAUUCUCAUAGAACUCAGUGGAAAAUCUUUUAGGCCAUACGUCACAUGCCUCAGUGAAGUAUCAUAUCUUAUUUCUUACUUCACACUACCUAUUAUAGCAUAUUUUUUACGAGAUUGGAGAAAACUACAGAUGGCUACGUCACUACCAUGGAUAUUUGUAAUAUUUUACUAUAAUUUGAUACCUGAAUCACCCAGAUGGUUGAUAACGAAAGGUAAAACGGUUGAGGCUAUUGAAAUUUUGACGCGAAUUGCACGAAGAAACGGGCGUCCAACAGAGAGUAUUCGAGACAUUGUGGAAAAUAUUAAUGAAGAAGCGGUUGCUCGAAAUGAACAUGAUUCAUAUCUAAAUCUGUUUAAGACUCCGAAAAUAAGAUUAUACACCUUAAUACAAGCUUAUGUAUGGUUGUGCUGUGCUCAUACAUUUUUUGGUAUAAAUCAGUAUAUAGGUCGACUGCAGGGGAACCUUUAUCUAAAUGUAAUGCUUUCGGCAGCGAGUCUUGCACCUGGAUUAAUCUUAAUUGUAAUCGCUUGUGUCUAUCUACAAAGAAGAGUAACAAUCGUAACUAGUUUUGUCGUGUCUGGAGUAUCUUUACUUGUAUUCAUAAUCAUACCAAGCAAUAUGAAGUCUCUAGAGUUAGCAUUUGCUAUAAUUGGACAAAUAGGCGCUUAUACAGCGUUUUGUCAAAUAUAUCUGUACUCUACUGAAAUAUUCCCAACUAUAAUAAGAAACUCUGCGAUGGGGUUCGCUUCAGUGUUUGCUAGAUUGGGAGGUUUUAUUGCACCCUUUGUUGUUAAUAUUAGAGUUGAAUGGAUAUCAAUAUUGGUAUUCAGUACGCUGGCGUUAUUGGCCGCAUCUUUGUUUUAUUUUUUACCAGAAACUAAAGACGUUGUACUACUUAAUACAAUAGAGCAAACAGAAAAAUCGAAGACCAAGAUUUAAAGAUUGUAAAGAGAUAGGUUUCUGAUUGCCUAUUAAUAAUAAGCUAUUUGUAAUAGGAAUAAACUAUUAUACAUUAUAUUACUAUACAUAUAACAAGAAGAACUUUUUAAAAGUUA